UUUGGUUACCAAACAGUCGAGUUAGAGGGAAACAAGGAGGCAGCAGCAUUGUCAUUACUGGUCACAGAGUCACUUAUCCCUGCUGCUUCCACUCUCUUCAUAGACUAUGGCUAUGAGGAGUGAGGCCAGGGUGGAGACAGAGGUAGAAGAGGAAGAAAACUUCGGACCACAACCUCUGAGCAGACUUGAGCAAUGUGGAAUCAGUGCCAGUGACAUAAAGAAGCUGGGGGAUGCAGGUUUCCACACCAUUGAGGCAGUGGCCUACGCACCCAAGAAAGAGCUACUCAACAUCAAAGGCAUCAGUGAGGCCAAAGCUGACAAAAUUCUCACUGAAGCUGCCAAACUUGUGCCCAUGGGUUUCACCACAGCUACUGAGUUCCACCAGAGGAGAGCAGAGAUCAUCCAGAUCUCCACAGGCUCCAAAGAGCUCGACAAACUCCUGCAGGGUGGGUUCGAGACGGGCUCUAUCACAGAGAUGUUUGGGGAGUUUCGGACGGGGAAGACCCAGCUGUGCCAUACGCUCGCCGUCACCUGUCAGCUGCCCAUUGAUCAGGGGGGUGGAGAAGGUAAAGCCAUGUACAUCGACACAGAAGGAACCUUCAGGCCAGAGAGACUCCUGGCUGUAGCCGAGAGGUACGGGUUGGUAGGCAGUGAUGUUCUGGACAACGUGGCCUACGCCCGAGCUUUCAACACAGACCAUCAGACCCAGCUGCUGUACCAAGCCUCUGCCAUGAUGGCUGAAUCCAGGUAUGCUCUGUUGAUAGUAGACAGCGCCACAGCUUUGUACAGAACAGACUACUCGGGCAGAGGAGAGCUGUCCGCCAGACAGGGACACCUGGGGCGAUUUCUCCGCAUGCUGCUCAGGCUGGCAGACGAGUUUGGAGUUGCGGUGGUGAUAACAAACCAGGUGGUAGCACAGGUAGAUGGGGCAGCCAUGUUUUCCGCAGACCCUAAGAAACCCAUCGGAGGCAACAUUAUGGCUCACGCCUCCACCACACGCCUGUACCUGAGGAAAGGCAGAGGAGAGACCCGGAUCUGUAAAAUCUACGACUCGCCCUGCCUGCCAGAGGCUGAAGCCAUGUUUGCCAUUAAUGCUGAUGGAGUGGGUGAUGCCAAGGACUGAGCUGUCAGGGAGGCAUGGAGCAGCAGGGUGGUGGUAAAUGUUACUGCCACACCUGUUGACUCAUUCUUGGAUUCAAGCGUUGUAUGUGCAAACUUCACCCAUACUAUUGCCUUCACAUGAAGCCUCAGACUGCUGGGUAAUCAAGAGACGAAGGUUUGGUUUUAAUGCUUCAGAUCUGGCCCUCUGGAGCUCAGUGGUGCAACAGCAAGAUGGAAUGUUUUUCUUUCAUGUUGAAGCACAUAAAGACGGUUCUUGUUAUUAUGACAUGUUAUCUCAUAAUUACAAGCUCUGUUAUGCUAUUAUGAGAUAUUUUCUAAUUACAAGAUCAAUAUCUCAUAACUAUGAGGUCUUUAUAGUGCAAUUACAAGAUCUAUUGUCUCAUAAUUACAAAAAUGUGUCCUAACAUUAUCUAACCUAACAAGAUCUCUAUUUAUUUUAUUGAGUGGUGUAAAAAAAAUUUUGAAAAAUGUUUGGUUUGAGAUCUGUUAACGUUAUGAUGUUUGUAAAAUGGUUUCCUUUUUUAUGUCAACAGUUAAGUUUUCUGAGAAGGCUGUUGAAGCAAAGCUAUACUUGUGUUAUUUCUCAUAUUUAACUUCUUGCCAGCUAUACCACUAAAGGUAUUCCUCUUUUUAGUUUGUCUUCAUCAGAACCUUCUGUAUAUAAGCUUCCUAGCUAAAUAAAACUUCUUUUCCUAUUAAAUUGUGUAAUUUGUAAGCAUUACUUCAUGGAAGUGUUUGAUAAGUUCAGUGGUCAUUACUUACGAAGGGUACGAUAUGGUCUAGAUGUUAAACACAAGUCAACAAGAAAUCAAUACAAAAUAAUUUUAUUCAAUGUUAUCGAUAUGUCACUUCAGUGUAUAUUAACUUUUCCUUGCAGGAUCAGAAUAUUGAGGAAAUUUUACACAUCUACUGAUAUUUCACAGCAGAAACUGCAAAAAUGGCCUCAACAAGAAUAAAUUAAAAAUAGAAAACAAAGUGCCAUUAAAAUAA